UUUCACACUUUCCUACAUUUCUUCAAGGAAAACAAGAAAGCUCUUUGUUUCGAUCUUCAAAACCUCCAAAACCCAGAAAUUUAAAUUGACAAUUUUAUCGAAUUUGCCCUUCAAAUAUCUUGGAUUAAUUCUAUUAUUGUGGAAAUCAGAAGGAGCAUUUUGUUAAAAGAAAAAAAAAUGGCUCAAGCUGUUGAAGAAUGGUACAAGCAGAUGCCCAUCAUCACCCGUUCUUAUCUCACAGCUGCCGUGGUUACCACUAUUGGUUGCUCUCUCGAAAUAAUAUCACCUUAUCAUCUGUACUUGAACCCUAAGCUCGUGGUUAAGCAGUAUCAGUUCUGGCGCCUCAUUACUAACUUCCUGUACUUCCGCAAGAUGGAUUUGGAUUUCAUGUUUCACAUGUUCUUUCUUGCUCGUUACUGCAAGCUUCUUGAAGAGAACUCUUUCAGGGGAAGGACUGCGGAUUUUUUUUACAUGCUCUUAUUUGGAGCUUCUGUCUUGACUAGCAUUGUUCUUAUUGGAGGAAUGAUACCUUAUCUCUCUGAGUCAUUUGCCAAAAUCAUAUUUCUAAGCAAUUCAUUGACAUUCAUGAUGGUAUACGUGUGGAGCAAACAGAAUCCUUUUAUACAUAUGAGUUUUCUGGGUCUUUUUACCUUUACAGCAGCUUAUUUGCCCUGGGUGCUUUUGGGAUUCUCUGUCCUUGUUGGUGCUAGUGCUUGGGUGGAUCUCCUGGGAAUGAUAGCCGGUCACGCGUACUAUUUUCUUGAAGAUGUAUAUCCACGAAUGACUGGUCGCCGACCCCUAAGAACUCCAUCCUUUAUUAAAGCACUGUUUGCAGAUGAGGCUGUAGUGGUAGCACGGCCAGCAAAUGUGAGAUUUGCUCCACCACCCGGGGAGGAAUUUCACAGAGAUUGAUCUCCCCCUGCGAAAAACUAGACGAAGGGAGGGUAUCUUUGGUUGAAGUGAUCUCUGCUCAGACAUAGCAAAGGCCUACAAAAGUGUGGCUGGCCCAUUUCUUAAAAAUGUUCAAGCUUACAUUUUCGUUGCAUUAGACGUUAGCUGUGUAUAUUUGAUGUUGCUGCUGCUAUACAGUUAUUCGGAUUUUGGGAUGGAAGUUUUGUAAUUUAUACCUAGACCGAGUGGUUUUGGUUGGUAUAGGAUGCCCUUUUGUGCAUUUGUUUUGACCAAAAUUUUAGCAACAUAUAUAGUCACGAAAGUGAUGUUUUCCCCUUU